AUGGGAAGGAGAUGUAUGGAUCGCAAGACCUUGAAUAGAAAGGCUUCAAGCACGGGCGCUGCAAUUCCGCUAACACUUAUAAGAAGAACUGCAGUAGUAUUCCAGCUUUGCGGUGUUAAUUUCGCCACGAGCGCAUCCAGCGGUCUCAUAGUCAUUGGACUUCCUCAAUUGACCUCAGAUCUCAAUAUACCGCAGUCGCUCGCCUUCUGGCCAUCAUCAGUUCAAGGGCUAGCCACAGCUUCGGCACUGCUACUCUCAGGCGCCGUCGCUGAUGUCUUGGGGUCUCGAUCCGUAAACCUAUCGGGGUGCAUACUCAACGGCGUGCUCAUGUUGUCCUGUGGAUUUAUCAAGAGCGUUCAACAAUUGAUUACUAUGAGGGCAUUGCAGGGCGUUGCCAUAGCGAUGCAUUUCUCCAGCUCUGUGGCUCUCCUGCUAGGCUUCACCUUUGGCCUUGUCAUUGGUGGCGUACUCGUUGAUACUGUUGGAUGGCGCUCGGGAUGGUAUCUUUACGGAGGCGCUACCCUGCUCCUGUCCGCCGUUGGUCUAUGGUCACUGCCAAAAUCUGAGCCGCUCGGUUUCCGGAACACCUUCGGUGAAUUGAUAUCCAGAGUCGAUUGGAUCGGAGCACUACUUGCCUCGGCUUCCAUAGCCUCGCUUUCCUAUUUCUUAGCGGUCAUCAGCACGGACGUCCAUCGUAUCAAGGAGACUGGGACUAUUAUACUCCUAUGCUUCAGCUUGGCGACCCUGCCACUGUUUGUUGGUUGGAUGCAUUACCGAGUAAGAAGAAGCAUGCCGGCUCUAAUACCUAAUUGCUUCUGGAGCAACUCUGCUUUUGCUACUAUAUGUAUUGCUGUAGCUUUAUCGUUUGCGGUGCUGAAUUCUCUUGAUCUUCUUACAAGUCUCUAUUUUCAAGAGAUCCAAUAUUUGUCGGCUGUCGAGGCUGCAAUACGCAUCCUUCCCAGUACCGUCGUCGGACUAGGUCUUAAUCUGAUGACCGGUCUCAUCGUGCACAAAAUACCUGCUGUCUGGCUUGUAGCGGUCUCGUCACUACUUUCCUCGGGAUCCCCCCUGCUUAUGGCCAUGAUCAAUCCUAGUUGGUCCUAUUGGGUCGGUGCUUUCUUCGCACAAAUCCUUCUGCCAUUUUCUAUCGAUGUGCUCUUCACCGUCGGACUCAUUAUUGUUACUGAGGUUUUCCCCGAGAAGAAUCAGUCCCUUGCUGGCGCUGUCUUCAACACGGCAGCGCAGUUUGGGAACGCUCUGGGGUUGGCUAUCGUUCAAGUAGUCUCCGCAGGGGUGUCAAACCGAAACAUCAACCUAAAAUCCCCCGAGGCUCGCUUGGAAGGUUACCGUGCAUGUUUCUGGACUCUCUUUGCCCUAAUGCUUGUUUGCGUACUUGUGGGAGCACUUGGGCUACGGAGAGCGGGCAAGGUUGGGUCGAAGCGUGAUUGACAUAAUCCUUUGAUCUGGACCGCUCAAUCCAUGGGCCGUCUUAUUCCACACGUCUUAUAGUUGAAACCAUGGUGGAGUGGCUAAACAACGAAAGGGUAUGAUAGGUG